GUUUCACCAAAGCUCUGACGGGGUCAACUACAUGUCUACAUCCACUCAAAUCACACCACCCCAUACCCAACUGAUUAACAACCGUUUAGGUCAGCAUGUCGCGCGGAAAACCGGUAAACUAGACCGGUGGUUGCGGCUGUGUGGUCACAGAUUACGCUGAGCUGUCGAAAUGAGGACACGGCUCGAGUCUCGUGAAUGAAAAACGUUCACCUCAUUAGGAACACAAAAGGGAAACUGAUCCCUGACCCGCGCGUUUGGCAGGAUGUGAGGCGUUGGUGAGCGUGAACGCACUGACAUUCAAAACAGUGAUUAUUAUGUUUGUUAUUUUCACUAGUACCGCACCUUGUGGAUACAGUGGACAUGGCAGCACUCACUCAGGCGUCAAUUUCUCCUCCCGAAACGUCACUUCCACGGGAUAUCUGAAACUUCUCCAAUGCUGCAAUACCGUGGGAGUCUAUGAGGCUGUGUGGGAGGGAUCUCCCGUCCUAAAUCAACUAGGAGGAGAAACUUCUCCAAUGCUGCAAUACCGUGGGAGUCUAUGAGGCUGUGUGGGAGGGAUCUCCCGUCCUAAAUCAACUAGGAGGAGAAACUUCUCGGGGGUUAGGAUUCUGGAGGCUACUAUAGCGGCGCUCACCGUCUCAUUGGACAUUUGAAGGUAGUCUAUUUUUCGAAAAUGUUGUUUGUCUCUCGAGUCUAACACAACAAGGAAGUAUUCACAAUAGCCUUGCUGAUUUGGUGGUUGGUUGGGUAACGAGACACUUUUUUUUGGCUAGUGAGUAGGUAAACGUUUUCACCUUUUUCGAUUGGAUAUAUUGCGAGCGAUUCCGCGUCAUGUAACAACGGAUGGACAUGCGCUUCCAAUGCGAACCGAUUGAAUAACUUUAACCUAUUCAAUUACUUUUUUCUUCGUUAUUAAUUUAGUCAUAAAAAGGAAUAGGACAGAACAUUUGGCCAUAUUGUUGCAGACAUUUGGCAUAGAAAACCACCCCAAAAUGUGACACAUCAAGAGGAAAAAGCGACAAUCAAAACCCAAUUGGAUAAACAUUUUCGAGUCAACUAUCACCGUCAACCCACGGUGACUGAUCCCUAAAGUGGAUCCCCCUUCCCCGGUAUUAUUCUAGCUCGUGCGUGUCCGGUGAACGAGGAGAUGAGCAAGGCGAGAUGGGACAGUGUCUCAGUUCAGAACAAGACCUAACGGAGGGGAAGAAGGCGAAGCUUCAGAGCGCGAAGAUAGACAGGGACCUGUAUGAAUACGCCAAGAGGGAGAUGAACGUGGUCAAAAUUCUAAUGCUCGGAGCAGCAGAGAGUGGGAAGAGUACUCUGGUCAAACAGAUGAAGAUCAUCCACAGCCACGGCUUUACCAAGCAAGAGCUGACCAGCUUCAAGCCGGCAGUGCUGGACAAUCUUCUGACCUCUAUGAAGUUUGUCCUCCAUGGGAUGGGCAUUCUCCGGAUCAACCUGACUAACAGCAAGAACAAGGUGCACGCCCACUCUGUGUUGUCCUGUGGGAGGUGUUUUGAUGAGGAUCAGGUGCUGUUUCCUUUCAUUGGCCACGCCCUUUCCUGUCUGUGGGCUGACCAGGGGGUCCGAGAGGCCGCGGCCAGGGGUUACGAGUUUGAACUCAACGACUCUGCCCUGUAUUUCUUUGAGAACAUGGGUCGUAUCAUCUCUCCGGACUACGUUCCCACGGAGACGGAUGUCCUGAGGGUCAGACUGAGGACCACCGGGGUCAUAGAGACGCAGUUCAAAGUCAAACACCUGCUCUUCAGGAUGUAUGAUGUGGGGGGUCAGAGGACAGAGAGGAGGAAGUGGAUUGGUUGUUUCGAGGACGUCCGGGCCGUGGUGUUUGUUGUUUCUCUCAGUGGAUACGACAUGACUCUAGUAGAGGACCCAUGUAUGAACCGCCUACAGGAGAGUCUGAAACUCUUCUCUUCCAUCUGCAACAACAUCUUCUUCAAGAGUACCUCAAUGAUCUUAUUUAUGAACAAGAUCGAUCUUUUUCAAGAGAAGAUUUUACAUUCGGGGCGGCAUCUGCGGCUGUAUGUGCCGCAGUUCAAAGGUGCAGACUGUGACGUGGACGCUGCGGCCCGAUACAUUGCCGGAAUGUUUGUGUCUCUCAACGCCACGCCCAGCAAACUCAUCUACCACCACUUCACCACGGCAACGGACACCUCCAACGUACAGAUUGUCUUCCAGGUCGUCAUGGACACCAUCAUCAAAGAGAACCUAGAGGCCGUCUCUCUGCUAUGAUUGGUUCUAAGAGUUCCUAUGAGUUCUAACAGUUCCGAUGGUGCUGGUUGGCUUCUGGACUCUGGGGUGAAGUUUCCCUCGGUACAGAGCUAGACUCAGCUUCCCCUCACCAAAUCAUAACCUUAAAGGGUCAAUCAGCAGUUGCUACGUCCAUUUUUGGACUUAGCAACUGGCCCAUUGAUUCUUGAAGAAUGGAACUUAUAAAUGGCUCAUGAGCUUAAUUCAAAAUAUAAGCUUGUUUUACUCCGUUUGGUAACAACGUAAAUGUGAACAAAUAGCCUCAACAUGGUUCAAACUAGAAUGUUGAUAUCAUGGAUUGACAGUCUUUGCAUCCAUAGCUCUAGCUAGGCAUUUGAGAGAGGUUACAAUUCUCCAGCCCAGUCCCUCAGCUGUUUACCAAAACGGGCGGGGAGGACGCUUUGUUAUUGUUUCAACUGCUGAGUUUCGCUUUAACCGUUAGUGGGGAUAAUGGAAAACCGACUCAAGAUCAGUGACUAGGGGCUCCGUCACCCUACUCCGUUUUCUGGUUCCGGAAGAAAAGCGUGUUUAAGUCGACUUCAUAAUGAAAGACCCUCAGUUCACUUCCUCUGGAAUUGUUUACAUGACUUCCUGGAACGAGGAGGAGGUCCAUUGGAGAACAUUUCUCUUCCCGGAACGAGGAGGAGAUCUAUUGGAGAACAUUUCUCUUCCCGGAACGAGGAGGAGGUCCAUUGGAGAACAUUUCUCUUCCCGGAACGAGGAGGAGGUCCAUUGGAGAACAUUUCUCUUCCCGGAACGAGGAGGAGGUCUAUUGGAGAACAUUUCUCUUCCCGGAACGAGGAGGAGGUCCAUUGGAGAACAUUUCUCUUCCCGGAACGAGGAGGAGGUCCAUUGGAGAACAUUUCUCUUCCCGGAACGAGGAGGAGGUCCAUUGGAGAACAUUUCUCUU